CUGGCUCCUGCCUUUCUGCAGGGACAGCGUAGGAAACGCGGGAUUUCAGAAAGGGCUCACAAGGGGCUUCGUGCAUUGUGAAAGCAGUGCAGAGGUCCCUCGCUCCUCUCGAUUGCAGGGACCCUGCCUUGGGGCACUGCUUCUGAAAGUCGGGGAGCUCUUCCCAGCCAUCUCAACAAACUAGAGAUCACAGAGCUCACGGAGGCAGGCUCGAGCUGAGAUCUGCCAUCUCCAGUUGGAAACGCACAUGCGAAAACUGUUCUGAAGCCACCGGACGCAUCAGCAGAUCCCAGACCAGCCUUGGGUGACGGCUGUGAUCUCCUCCUGCACGGGUCACCUCCCUUAGGACACAGCGCUUGCACGUCAGGCAGCUCCAGACCCCGCUGCUACCGGAAAGUCACAGGCACAGGAACCGUGAAGACCAGCGCGGCCCAGGAACCGCGGCUCUUGCAAAAAACCCACAGAUAUUUCUUUAAACAACAACAACAACUCUAACCUGAGGUUUACGGUGCAUUUUUAACCAUCUAAGUAAGGGGAAGAGAAAGACACUGUCAUCCAGGAAUCCAGCUCUGGAGAAUCGAGGAAAAUUCUUCCCAGGAUGGUCUCCCACUCAGAGCUGAGGGAACUCGUCUGUUCAGCGGACGCAGUGUGCUUUGAUGUCGACAGCACCGUCAUCCGAGAAGAAGGGAUUGACGAGCUGGCCAAAUUCUGUGGUGUGGAGGCUGCCGUGUCUGAAAUGACACGGAGGGCCAUGGGAGGAGCAUUGCCUUUCAAAGACGCGCUCACUGAACGCCUGGCAUUGAUCCAGCCCUCCAGGGAGCAGGUGCAAAGGCUCCUAGCUGAGCACCCUCCACACCUGACCCCUGGCAUAAGGGAGCUGGUAAGUCGCCUACAGGAGCGAAAUGUUCAGGUGUUCCUCAUAUCUGGUGGCUUUAGGAGUAUUGUGGAGCAUGUGGCUGCAAAGCUCAAUAUUCCAACAACUAAUGUAUUUGCCAAUAGGCUGAAAUUCUACUUUAAUGGGGAAUAUGCAGGUUUCGAUGAGAUGCAGCCAACAGCUGAGUCUGGUGGGAAAGGAAAGGUUAUUGGAUUUUUAAAGGAAAAAUUUCACUUUAAGAAAAUAAUCAUGAUUGGAGAUGGAGCUACGGACAUGGAAGCCUGCCCUCCUGCUGAUGCCUUCAUUGGAUUUGGGGGAAAUGUGAUCAGGCAACAAGUGAAGAACAAUGCCAAGUGGUACAUCACCGACUUCGUUGAGCUGUUGGGAGAACUGGAAGAAUGAUUUCAGCUUGUCGCUCACUCAGAACAACUCCAGUUUUUCCAAGCUACAACAGUGAGGCCCCUGGUGCAGUCCAGGGGAUAGCUAGCCUUUUCUACUGUAGUUCCAAUAUUAAUAUGACUACUAAUUACCUGGAGAGUUUUAUAUUCUGAAUGUUUUGUGAAUAUUCCUACCUAUAUUUUACCUGGAGCUUUCUGAGGUGCAUAGUAAAUUAAAUGCUUUUACUCUUGGGA